AUGGAUAUCACACCUUCCAACUUCCUGACCCGCUUUCCCCAGAUCCUCAAUGCCUAUAACAAGUGCUCCAUUGUCGCCGUAGAUGGCGAGUUCUCGGGUACAAAGUUUGACCAAGACCUCGCCGUCGAAACAUAUCGAGGCAUCCUACCCGAGGAGCAGUUCAAGUUGUUGGAAGACUCUUGGGAUAAGCCCGGGAUGGAAGCUCCCUACCAGAAGCUAAGAUGGGUUGUCCGCCGUUUUGCGCUUCUCCAGCUAGGUAUCACCUUUGCCUGGCCAGCUAAAGACGAAAAAGGCUACCCGAUUCUAAAGACGGAGUCCUACAGCUUUCUUGUCAGCCCCUUGGUGGAUGGUCAGAUAAACAAGGUCAAGCUUUGGAAAACCAUCCAAAGGGUCGUAUCCAUGAAUACCAACUCCGCCAAGUUUCUGGACCAUUCGGGGUUUGACUUUGAGGGUCUCUUCAAGAAUGGAUUGCCGUAUCUUACGCAUCCGGAGGAGGCGGAGUUGAGGCGAGCUCUCGACCGAUCCGAUAGGGGACAGCGAAACAGGAAUGUAGAGAACGACGUCAACAAAUUGCGGGGAAAGGAGGCCCGUGAGCGAGACAGAAUCCGGACCGUAAUUGAGAGCCGGAUGGGGGCUCGUCGUAACUCUCGUGGUCUUUCUAUUUCUAUAGAUCCUCCCAAAGACACGGACAUGGACAUCGCUGAUUGGAAAACUCUUGUCCACCAUGUCGUGGAUCAAGACUUUCCAAGAUGUCGGGUAACGAAUGGGCGGUCUAGUCCUGUCGUCGUCGUCAAGCUCGUUGAGCUUGAACGCACCCAUAAUGUGGACGACCUUGCUCGGAAACACAAUAUGGAGGCCGAUAUUCGAAAGGCCAUUGGAGCCAGAAGCCUCCUCGACAUGUUGAUUGGGAAUGACAUCGGAACCCAGAUUCAACCACAAGACAUAGCCAAAGCACAGCUCGCCGCCGAAAGACAAGCAAACGGACAACCCGCGAGGAUUAAUACCAUAAAUGACCCAGAGCUUAAAGCCCGUACCGAGGCGCUCCAAGAGCUCUUCGACAAUCACUGGAAGAGACAACAGCCCAUACUUAUCGGCCAUAAUCUCGGCUGGGAUCUUGCCUUCAUGAUCGGCACGCUUUUUGAGCCUCUUCAGGACACGUUUGCGGAGUUUCUUCCCAGAGUUGACGGCCUGUUCUCACGCAUCUUGGAUACACGCAUCAUCACGGAUGCUUGCAUGCCGGAAGCUAAGACGGCGAAUCUGUCACAGAUCGUCGCGCAAUUGAAAUAUCGAUCUGUGGAGCCGCGAUGUCAAUCGGAAAGUGGCCUGGGGUAUGACGAUGGUGACGGAAAACCCCACGAUGCCGCGUACGACAGUUUUCUCACCGUCGAGGCAUUCGCGAGGCUUGGACAAGACCUCGUUAGAAACAAAUGCUGGGAUGAAGGCGCUCCCUUCCCUACUCAGGAGGAGAUGAACGAACGGAUCAUGAACUGGAGAGACCCGAUAUGGGACCCCUUUCGAGGCCAGUUCAAGGUUAUGGGAGAACUUGUUCGCGAAAAAGCGAGUUGGGGGCGGCAUUGA